AUGGAGUUAUUGCAUGAUAAGAAAGAGAAACUACACGCAGCUUAUCAUCAUCAUCACUUCAAUAACAUAUCAUUUACGUUUCAUUCGGACGUUAGGUCACCAAUUGACAGAAUAGUACAAAAUCAACUGCAAGUAGACAGCACUAUUCGAUAUAAUUUUGCCAGUAUCGACUACAUUGCAUUGUGUGCAUUUAUAUUAGACUAUUCCGAUUACUCUUUCUCAUGUGCAUAUUCAGAUGAAAACUUUCGCUACAAAACAAACAAGAACUCUUUCGUUUGA